AUGAUACACAGAAUUAUGGAUACUAUCACAUGCUCUACGUACAUUUUUAUCUUGUGUAUCUUACAAUUACAUCUAUUUUCAGUUGCUGAUAAUGCCAGUUAUGUUCCUAGGGAGAACAUAGUUCUCAACUGCGGCUCCAACAUAUCAGAAUUUGUACAAAAUGAUGGCAGGAAUUGGAGUGGUGACGUUGCUUCACCAUAUGUUCCGUCCAAUGCUGAAACCAAGUCCCGUAUGGCCAGGGCUCCUCACACCCUUCAAUCUAUUCCAGAAGUACCCUACAUGACUUCUAGGAUCUUUCAGUCUCAAUUUACCUACACGUUCAAUGUAACCCCAGGUCCCAAAUUCAUUCGCCUUCACUUCUACCCAGCUUCCUACUUGGAUCUCAACAUCUCCAAUGCUUUUUUAUCAGUAAGUGCUGCUAACUGCACUCUUCUCCGCAACUUCAGUGCUUCCCUCAACGCUGAUUACUUCAACUUAGCCUAUUUCAUGAAAGAAUUCAUUGUGCAUGUAAAUGGGAGUGUUUUACAACUCACUUUUGCCCCAUCGUAUAAUGAUUCUGAUGCCUUUGCUUUUGUGAAUGGGAUUGAAGUUGUCUCAAUGCCACUUAAUUUAUACACUAGUGGUGAUGUCCCUCUUCUUUUAGUUGGCCAUGGUUCCAAAGUUGUGUACAUAGAAAAUGAUUCUGCCAUGGAAAACUUGUACAGAUUGAAUGUAGGAGGUGAACAAAUCCCACCUAAAGAUGACACGGGCAUGUUUCGGAGAUGGGACACCGACGAAAUUUACAUUUUAGGGACUGAUUUGGGUAUUCAACUCUCAAAUAUGAGCAUGCCAGUUUUGUAUACUAAUCAUGUUUCACCAUAUUCAGCCCCAGCAGAUGUGUACCGCACAUCCCGUUCAAUGGCAAGUUUUGAUGGUGGACUUGUAAAUUUAAAUUACAAUAUGACAUGGUUUUUUCCCGUUGAUUCGGGUUUCCUUUAUAUAGUUAGACUUCACUUCUGUGAACUUGAUACAUAUAUAACAAAGAUCAAUCAGGCAGUUUUUUCUGUGUUUUUAAAUAAUCAAACAGCUGACGAACAACUCGAUGUAAUUGCUUGGAGUGGGGGCCCCGGAAUUGCUGUAUACAGGGACUAUGUAGUGUUGGUUCCCCAUGUUAUCGAGGGAAAGCAGGAUUUGUGGCUUGAUCUGCACCCAUACAAGGAUUCUAAACCUAUGUACUAUACUUCUUACUUGAAUGGUGUGGAGAUCUUUAAACUGAGCAACUUUGGUGAUAAGAAUCUUGCAGGGCUCAACCCUUCUCAAAGUGUCAUUUCUGGAUCGGAAGUAAAGGCUCCCCGUGUUGUACAAAUAAAGAAACUCAAAUUCAUCCUCGUUGGAUGUGGACUCGGUACAGUGGUGCUAUCAAUUCUCCUUUGCUUAGUAGUUCUAUACAAGUUAGGGGUGAUUAGGCCUACAAGGGUCAUGUCAUGGUGCGGUCUUGUUGUACACAGUCCUGAUCAAGUUGAAAAGGCAAAGAAGUCAUCACUUUGCACUUACUUUUCAUUGAGAGACAUAAAAGUGGCUACAAAUGACUUCGAUGAGGCUUUACUUACAGGCAUUGGUGGAUUUGGCACAGUUUACAAGGGUACCUUCGACGGUGGUGCAACUUAUGUGGCCAUAAAACGUGCCAACCCAAUGUCAGAGCAAGGUGUUUCAGAAUUCGAGACAGAGAUUCUUUUGCUCUCACAACUUAGGCAUCAUAACCUAGUCUCUCUUUUGGGUUAUUGCAAUGAGGAAGGGGAGAUGAUAUUGGUAUAUGAUUUCAUGGCCAAUGGAAGUCUACAUGAUCAUCUUCAUUUGAGGCAGAGAGAUCAAUCCCCUUUGGCUUGGAUUCAACGUCUUGAGAUAUGCAUUGGAGUUGCAAGAGGUUUGCACUACCUUCACACUGGCACAAAGCACAGGAUCAUCCACCGUGACAUCAAGACAACCAACAUACUCUUAGAUCAUAAUUGGGUGCCCAAAAUUUCAGAUUUUGGGUUGUCAAAGGCAGGUUACCUUUCCUCAGCCACCACCAACGUGAAGGGUAGCAUUGGUUACCUAGAUCCUGAGUGCUAUCAAAGCCACAAGUUGUCUGAGAAAUCUGAUAUAUACUCACUUGGGGUGGUGUUAUUAGAGGUUCUUACAGCAAGGGCAGCUGUGAGUGUAGGUGAAGAUGAUGAGCAUAUUAACUUGGCUGAAUGGACUACGUUGUGCUUUGAGAGUGGCAAUGUGGAGCAAAUAGUUGAUCCCAACUUGAAAGAAAACAUAAUUAAGGAGUGCUUUGAGUUAUACUUAGGAGUUGCAAUGAAAUGUUUGGCUGAAAGAGGGGUAGCGAGGCCAUCCAUUGGUGAAGUGUUAGAGAACCUUGUUCUGGCAAUGCAUCUUCAGAAAAAUGAAGGUACUGUCCCAGAUAGAAAUGUACAUAAAAAUGAUAAUGCUGUUUUGCAGGGUAAUUCAGAUUUGACACCUGGGGUUGAGUUCUCUGAAAUCAUGAUGCAUACUGCUCGGUGA